AUGCGGCGAAUCCCAGCCCUGGCCCCGGGCUCGCGGCGCCUGUACGCCCUGUGCAUACACUUUGCCGUCGGCGCCUCCAUCUGGGGCUACAACAUCGGCGUCUUGUCGUCGGUCCUGGUGCAUCCGGGCUGGCGGGCGGCGCUGCGCAGGCCAUCCGCCUCGCAGCGCGGCGCCGUCACCGCCGUCUACUACCUCGGCACCUUGCUGUCCUACGUCCUGCUGGCCCAUCCGCUGGCCGACUGGCUGGGCCGCCGCCGCGCCGCCAUCGUCGGCUCCGCGGUGCUGUGCGUCGGCGCCGCCUUCAUGGCCGGCGCGGGCGCCCGCGGUGCGUCGGCGCUGGGGUUGACGGUGGCUGGGAGGCUGGUGUGCGGUGUGGGAGUGGGUGUUGUUAGCACGACGGUGCCGCUGUAUCAGAGCGAAAUCUCGCCGGCCAAGGAGCGCGGCAAGUUCGUCACCAUGAACCACAUCGGCUUCAUCACCGGCCUAGCCACCGGUUUAUGGGUCGGAUACGGCAUGACCUUCUGGACCGGUCCUCACGGGAAGUACUGGGGCUGGCGCGUCUCCAUCCUGCUCCAGUUCGUGCCGGCCAUCGUCUUCGUCGCCGGCCUCUUCUUCGUUCCCGAGACCCCACGCUGGCUCGUGCAAAAGGGCAAGCCAGAGCUCGCAGGCCACGUCCUCGACCGCCUGCGCGAGGGAACCUGCCCCCCGGAGGCCGUCGCGCGCGAGCUCGCCGCCAUCCGCGCCGACGUCGAGGACCGCCCCGGCCGCGACUCGGCCGCGCUGGCCCUCUUCCGCCGGCCGCUGCUCCGCGCCCGCCUGUGGCGCGCCUUUGCCCUGCAGUUCAUGGCCCAGCUGUGCGGCGCCACCGCCAUGAAGUACUACCUGCCCACCCUGCUGCGGGCCCUUGGCCUGUCCACGCGCCUCGCCCUCAUGGCUGGCGCCAUCGAGAUGACGGCCAAGAUUGGCAUGACGGUGGUGGAGAUGUGGGCCAUUGAUGCCCUCGGCCGCAGGGCGUGCCUGGUUGGGGGCUGCCUUGUGAUGGGCGUCUCUAUGCUUAUCAACGGCGCCCUCCCGCUCGCGUACCCGAACAAUGCAAACAAGGCCGCCGACGCCGCCUGCAUCGCCUUCAUCUUCAUCUACGCCAUGGGCUACAGCCUCGGCCUCGGCCCGGCUGCCUGGGUGUACAGCUCCGAAAUCUUCCCCACGCCGGUUCGUGCCCGCGGACUUAACCUCGCCGCAUCUGGCGGCGCCAUCGGGAGCAUCAUCGUCGCUCAGAUCUGGCCCGUCGGCGUGGCCAACCUCGGCAGCCGCAUCUACUUCUUCUUCAUGGCCGUCAACCUGGUUUGCGCUCCGAUCAUCUGGUUACUGUACCCCGAGACAAAGGGCAGGGCGCUAGAGGACAUGGACGACUUGUUCGGCAAGUCUGCCCCUCGACACCCUGCUGCCCUCUCAGACCCGACGAUGGCAGUCGAGGAUCGUGACAGGCGACACAGGGGCAAUGGCGAGCUGACGCAAACGUCGAGCCAGGACAGCGCCGAGGAAGGUGCUCAGCUUCUGCCGUAA